AUGUCAGAAAAUGUCAAGGAAUGGGAAGAGGGGAAAUGUCAAGUUCUUGUGCAAUGUUAUGACCAACGAGCUCAAGAAGCAUCUGGAAUUGAUAGCAGAAGGAUUGGAGCAUGUCUGUUCUGUCAGGAGUUCUGGAUGGAACUAUAUGCACUUUACGAGAUUGGGGUGGCACGAGUUGAGGUGAAAACAGUAAAUGUGAACUCAGAAGCGUUCAAGAAGAAUUUCCUUGGUGCUCAGCCUCCAAUUAUGAUUGAAGAGGAGAAGGAGGCGACCUACACGGAUAACCGUGAAAUUGAAGGACGAAUUUUUCACCUUGCGAAGGAAUUUCGUGUUCCUCUGUUCGAAAAAGAUCCCACGGUUGAGAAGCGGAUAGAGAGUCUUUACAGGAACUUCAAACUGUUCUUACGCGCUAAAACCGAGUAUGACAAAGAAAGGCGAGACAUUUCGUCCGUUGAAUCACUGCCGCCACAAAUCAAGACUCAUUAUAAUCGUGUUGUAGAGCAACUAGCUGGUAUUGAUCAGCUGCUGGCGGAUCGGCAAACUCGCUACCUCUUGGGACCGUCCAUGACGGAGUACGACUGUGAACUGAUGCCCAGACUUCAUCACAUGCGUAUAAUUGGACAGAGAAUGCUCAAUUUCGACUUUCCUCGUAAUCUUACCUACUUGUGGAAUUACGUGUUGACGGCUUAUCGAACGGCUGCGUUCAUCGAAAGCUGUCCGGCUGAUCAAGAUAUUCUGCAUCAUUAUAAGGAGCAGCUGAAUAUGUUCACGAACCAGCGUGAGACGCUGCAGUCACCGACGAAGACGCACACCAUUCCGGAAGAGGUGUUGCACGACAUCAGAAAAAGUGGGCUGGAUCAAAACUGA